AUGAAUGCGAAAGCUACUACGAUCAAAGAAGCGCUUAAACGUUUGGAGGAUCGCGCCAAAACGAAUCCCUGCGAUGAGAAGGAGAUCGACUUGUGCUUCCAGUGGCCACCGAUUGAGAAAAUGGAUACAACGCUGUCCACAUUGGUUGCAUGCGAGAAAUUGUCCCUCUCAACGAAUAUGAUUGACAAAAUUUUUGGUCUUAGCGGAAUGAAAAAUUUACGUGUCCUCUCAUUGGGAAGAAACUACAUCAAAGCCAUAUCCGGGCUGGAAGGCGUUAGUGACACUCUGGAGGAACUUUGGAUCAGCUAUAAUCUGGUCGAAAAGCUGAAAGGCAUAAAUGUAUUAAAACGGCUUAAGGUGCUUUAUAUGAGCAACAAUUUGGUGAAGGAUUGGGUUGAGUUUAACCGUUUGGCCGAUCUGCCAGUGCUGGAGGAUUUACUUUUUGCCGGAAAUCCGCUUGUUGAGUCGAUGGAGGAGAGUGUAUGGCGAACGGAGGCCAGUAAGAGAUUACUCUCGCUCAGAAAGCUAGACGGCGAAACGGUCAUACGUGAGGAAACCGACAGCCAACCCCAGUUGGCGCCCGGAGCUCCGGAUAAGGCAUAA